GACUUAUUGAAGGAUGGGAUGACAUCAUCACGUUAAAACUUGUCCUUCAAAGUUUAUCUAUAAAUUCUCAGCAGCUUACGCCAAUUUCUUCAAAUAAAAUUAGUCGGGAAGAUAAUUCAAGAAUGUCAAGGCUAACAUCCAUCUCGUUCUUCGUGGCCGUUGUGGUCACCUUGGGAGCCCAAGUUGAUUCGGUUCCAGAUUGCGCUCAAAACGGGUUCUUUCCCGACGAUGAGAAUUGCCGUUUCUACUACGAUUGCGAACAGGGAGAGCCCAUUCGAGUUGUCUGCGAAGCCGAUUGGCUUUUUGAUGCUACAAACAAAUAUUGCGACUAUCCUGACCGGGUAGAUUGUGGAAGCAGACCUGUUUGUGAUGAAGAUGGGCAGAAUUGUGUCGAACAUCAUGUGACCACUCCCACGCCUCUGCCGGAAUGCACGAUCACCUGUGUCGAUGAUGGUUUCUUCGAAUAUGAAAAAUGCAGUGCAUUUUUCUGUCAUUGCUCCGUUGGACAUCCUUACUUAGAGGAAUGUCAAGAUGGUUUGAUCUUCAAUCCAGAGCUGGGAGGUUGUGAUUGGGAUUACAACGUUGAGGGAUGUACCGUAUAAAAUUGAAAUAAAGCUUCAUCUUGAAGAAUUAAGAUAAA